AUGACCCACAAGCAGCUCUACUACUCAGACAAAUACUUCGAGGAGCACUCCGAGUACUGGAAUGUCAUGUUACCCAGAGAACUUUCCCAACACGUACCCAAAACCCAUCUGAUGUCAGAAGAGGAGUGUAGGAGACUUGGUGUUCAACGGAGUCUUGACUGGGUUCAUGACAUGAUUCAUGAGCCAGAGCCUCAUAUUCUUUUCUUUAGAUGA